GCCUUUCCUCAUUUAUGGGGUAGAACUUUUUAAAGACUGGGUGGGGAAACGAAGGAGUAACGGCCGCACAUCAUACUCCAAAUAGACAUGGAUGAUAUCUUCACACUCUGUCGAGAGGGCAACUCUGUGGCGGUUCGCCUGUGGCUAGACAACACGGAGAAUGACCUCAAUUUAGGGGAUGACCACGGCUUCAGCCCGCUGCAUUGGGCGUGCCGGGAGGGACGUGGCGGCGUAGUGGACAUGCUCAUCAUGAGGGGCGCCCGGGUCAACGUCAUGAACCGUGGGGAUGACACCCCCUUGCACCUAGCGUCCAGUCAUGGCCACGUGGAUAUUGUGGCUAAGUUGAUUCAGUGCAAGGCCGAUCCCAACACGGUCAACGAACAUGGGAACACACCAUUGCACUACGCGUGCUUUUGGGGGCAAGAGGCUGCUGCACAGGAUCUGGUGGUGAGCGGUGCUCAGGUGUGUGUGUGCAACAGGUACGGACAGACUCCUCUAGACAAGGCCAAGCCUCACCUCAGGCAACUGCUUCAAGAGAGGGCCGAAAAACUGGGCCAGAGUUUGACCAAAGUUCCUUACAAAGAAACCUUCUGGAAGGGCACCAUGAGGACCAAACCUCGUAAUGGCACGCUCAACAAGACCGAAAUUGAUUACAAGCAACUUUCACUACUUGCAAAAAUCAAUGAAAACCACUCAGGAGAGAGUUGGCAGGGUCGCUGGCAGGGUGAUGACGUGGUGGUGAAAGUGUUGCAGGUGAGGGAGUGGAGCACCAGGAAGAGCAGAGACUUCAGCGAGGAGCAUCCCAAACUACGGAUCUUCUCUCACCCCAACAUCCUCCCAGUUCUUGGAGCAUGUCAGUCCCCGCCGGCCCCACACCCAAUCAUCAUCACACCUUAUAUGCCAAACGGAUCCCUGUACAACCUCCUCCAUGAGGGCACCACUCUCGUGGUGGACCAAAGCCAAGCAAUUAAGUUCGCAUCAGACGUGGCCAGCGCCAUGACCUUCCUACAUACGCUGGACCCCAUGGUGGCGCGACUGUACCUCAACAGUAAACACAUCAUGAUUGAUGAGGACAUGACGGCCAGGAUAAGCAUGGCGGACGCAAAGUUCUCAUUCCAGUGUGCUGGACGCAUGUACUCUCCGGCCUGGAUGGCCCCAGAAGCACUGCAGAAGCGCUCUGAGGACAUCAACAGAAGAUCAGCUGAUAUGUGGAGCUUCGCCGUGCUCCUGUGGGAGCUGGUCACCAGGGAGGUGCCCUUCGCCCACCUUUCACCCAUGGAGAUAGGCAUGAAGGUGGCUCUGGAAGGCCUGCGACCGACCAUCCCGCCGGGCAUCUCGCCUCACAUCUGCAAGCUGAUGAGACUUUGCAUGAACGAGGACCCUGCUAAGAGGCCCAAGUUUGACAUGAUCGUUCCCAUCUUGGAAAAAAUGCGAGACAAGUGAACUGUACUUUAUCUGCUCAGUAGCUGUACGUUAUGUAAAUUAAGCCACGCAUUUUUUCAGUAAAUGAGUCUGUUACUUGUCUUUUCUGUUUGAGAUGUAAGCUUUUGCUUUUUUAUUGCAAGAGGUCACCAAAAUGUCUGCUUUUUUAUUCAAAGCAAUUAAUGUCAACAACAAUAACGCCGUCAUUUCACCAAUAUUCAAUUAAAUAUAUAUAAAUAUUUAUGGAAAACACCUUUCUUGGACAUUCUGUCUCCAUUUAGUGUCAAUUUAGGUGGAAUUGUGAUGGUUCCCCAACAAUUGGUCUUUGUCAGGUGACGUAACACAUGCAACAGCUGCGGCGCAUUGUGGGUCGAAUCGCCAUUUUGGUAGGGUCAUCUAUUGUAAACAACUGAACAGUGAGAAUCGUCUUUGCUUUCAUCGUUGUCUUUGAUAAAAUGGGACACUCGUGUUGUGUGAAAGGCUGCCAUACUAAAUCACACGACAAAAAUGGCAGCAAAGUUGACCACGACCUAAGAUUUUUUCGUUUUCCCACUUGGAAAAGAGGUUAUGGACAGCAGGUUGAGGAACUAAAGAAGCGGCGUCGGAUGGCCUGGGUCGCAGCGGUGAGACGGAAGGGCAUCACUUUCGACACCAUAUCUGUUGUCAGAAGUGUACGAUCUUAACAGGAACUAUAACCAUAAACAUGAUUCUUCAAUGUGAAGGUGAAGAAGCCACAAUGUUGGACAAGGUUGUCACUGUGUGCUGUGCCCUGACAAACCACUGCCCAACAAUAGUUUAGUACAAUUAGUUUGCUUUUCGUAGUAUUUGUG